AUGAUGGACUCAGAGAGACAAUCAAGGAAAGAACUCAUCAAUCAGGCACUCACGCAGAUAGAAUGUGUCAUGGCUACCUGUAACAUGCUCAUUGCGACGUAUGACAAACACAGGCCAGCAACAACACCACCGAGGCCGCAAGUCGAGACCCUGGCCGCCAUGGGAGAAGCGGAGAUCAUCCUCCCACCUAUAGCCACCGCACCGCCAUCGUCGCAAGCUGAAGGUAUAUUCGAGUCGAUAGAUGAUGAGGAAGAAGAUGUUGUCGGCGCAAAGCCUGCACCACCGUUGUUGUUGGCGCCGUUCCCUCUUGAUGCGCCGACGAGUGCCUCCGAACCACCGCCGCUGCAAGUCAAAACUGUCGCCGCCGCUGAAGAGAGAGAGAGAUUCCCCUCCUACCCGCUUAACCCCAGUUUUUCCUCGCCAGUAUCAGGAGCAAACAACCAGUCCUAG